AUGAGCGUUCACGAAUCAGAUAAUUUCGGUUUGCAGUCUUUACUUUCGCAAACCAGUACGCCAGCAACAUCCGUUCGAUCAAGCUUCGAAUAUGCUGCACCUGACAGUAGUGCCUGUUGCAUGAAUAUCCUUGACGAACCAGAGGAGCCUGAUGCUGAUGCACUUGCCAUACCCAACGAGCAAAAGUUCAAUUUACCCUUAGGGAAGUCGCCAGGGCUUUCCAGCGAUGUAAAGCGUCGUCUACAUCAGAGAAAUCCGUCGCAGACACGAUGGGUCAAUUUUACCCAGAGCUCUUCAAACCUAACGAGCGAGCUUUCCGAUUUGUAUCUUGAUGGCCACGGAUGUCUGGAUCUACAUGCUAUGGGUACACAGAUGCUAGGCGGUCCCAUCAAGUGUCGGGACGGCAGCUAUUUUGUAUGGAUCCAGACCACGAUACCUUUCUUGGGCAAAGGCCAACAAUCCUGGUCACGUUUGGAGCAAUGCGGAUUUAAGAUGGUGGUUUGUCUACCUACACCUGAAAGAGCUGGAACCGUCCUUACAAAUUUUACUGGCGAGGCGGAAAUUGUCAAGCACAUUAGCGAAGCCCUCACGGCUGGUCUGUUAGACGAGCAUUCGAUGGGCAAAGAAGCAUUGUCCUGCGUUUGGGUCCUGGCCUGCUCUAUUAUCCGUGCUGUGAGUCAGCAGAUGGAUGCCGCUUUCAGAAUCUUCGACCCUCUGGACCGUGUAUACGACAUUUCGAGAACGACCCAUCUUCCGACUAUGCUUAACCAAGCAAACGAUCUAGCUCGCGUGGACCGUUAUAUAGCUGGUCUGGAAGAAAUUCUGGGCUUCUUCAACGCGGUUCGCUCUUUCCAGCAGAGCCAGAAGCCAACUAGCCCGCCAUCCCAGAAUCUAAAGAACUGCUACUCACGCAUUUCCGAUCGGUCUAAUCUCGAAUCAGAAAUAGCGAAGCAGAAGAUAGUGCAUGCACGGGAACUAUGCCGAACACAUAUCAAGCAACACGAAAGUCACAUACAGUUGACAUUAUCCUACAGCACAACGCAAAUAGCAAACAAUCUCGACAAAGGUAGCAGAAUUGGUGAGCGCAUCACGACCAUAGGUCUUGUUCUCGCUGCCAUCUCGGGACUGACUUCACCACUUGCCGUAGUGACGAGCUACUUUGGCAUGAAUGUUGUUGAGCUCGUAGAGGGUGAUCGCUCUGCCGAUAGUUGCUUUAUCUUUGGUCAUCUUGUGCAUCAUCAUCGUACUUUGUACAACAGCUUCAUCACUCUCGUCCAGGAGGUCCGUAGUGCGCAGUCUGUAUGA